AUGUUAAACUUUACAGAGGACCUGGGAUUGGGACAUCUGCUGACUCAGCCCUAUUCGAGAGUGAAGCCUGUUCCUCAUCUCCGGGACAUCGAGGUUAGGAGGAACGACAUACGUUUAGGAAAGAUGCUGGGUGAGGGUCACUUCGGCGAGGUUUGGGAAGGCCAGCUUCACGACAAGAUGCCUGUCGCUGUGAAGGUCCUGAAAGAAGGAUCCAUGACAAAAGAAAGCUUCAUGAGCGAAGCAAGGAUCAUGAACAAGCUGAGGCACCGUCGGCUGGUGCAGUUGCUGGCUGUGUGCACAGAGAGGGAGCAAACCUUGAUUGUGAUGGAGUUCCUGGCCAAAGGGCCUCUACUGUCAUACUUGAAGGGAAACACCUGUUCCUUCCAGGAUUAUGCCACCAUUUCACUUCAGAUUGCUGAGGGGAUGGCGUUCCUUGAAACACAGAACUACAUACACCGGGACCUCCGUGCUGCCAACGUCCUUGUCGGUGAAGACGAUGACGUCAAGGUCGCAGACUUUGGACUGGCCAGAGUUCUCACUGACGAGCAGAUUUAUACAAUGUCGCAGAGCACCCCACUUCCUGUAAAGUGGACCGCGCCUGAGGCCCUAAAGUCUCAAAACUUUUCCUCAAAGUCAGACGUGUGGUCGUACGGUGUCCUCCUGUAUGAAAUCAUCACUGAUGGCAGGGAUCCCUAUCCAGGCAUGACUGGCCCGGAGAUCGUCAGUGAAGUGGGAAAUGGCUACCAGAUGGCGAAGCCCAACGUCUCUGAAGACGUGCUAAAUACCUUCUACCCAAUCAUGCAAGCUUGCUGGAACCUGGCGCCCAACAAGAGGCCGACAUUUGUGGCGUUGCACCAGCACCUCUUUAACAUCAGUCAGCAGUUAACUUGAGAAAAACAUCAUGUCAGUGAAUAUAAAGCCCAAAAAUGAACAGGGCUUAGAUUAUGGCUUCUGUUCUGGUAUCAGUGACAUCACGAUGGCAGGUUGGAAAGUUCAUUUCUGUAUGUAAUGUACCGAAUGUGUGAAUAUGUAUGUGUGUUGAAUAUGUAAAUAUUGUUGUUCAAAUUAAACUCUUUAAUAAAUGUUGGAC